UGUUAGUGAUUUCUUUCCCAUUUACAUUAACGGGAAUAUUGUCCAGGAAUUCCACAUCAUCUAAAAAGUCAAUUGAAAAUAAUGAGCUAAUUAUAAUUAGUGAAACAGUACUUUUGGCUGUGGUGCACCAAGAACAGAAAAGCUUUAUACUUACAACCAAAUUUUAUGACUUUGGCGUCGAAUUGAGCGUUUGGUUCCCUGGGUCCCGUCCAGUUUUCUGGGUAACCUACCCGAACUAUUGUGCCAAUUUUUCUUUUCCUGAUCUUGGCCUCUGCUUUUACGAUACCAGUUUUUUUCUCUUCAGUAUAAAAUACGAGGGCGAAUCUUUCACCUCUCGAUUUUUUUUCAUUUUCCUUGUUGCUGGACAUCUUUCCUUUCCUUUUCACUUGCACUUAUACACCCAAUUUGACGCUGACGGGUUGACGACCACGAACGAACUUCAACCGUUGCGCGCCUACCAGUCCCGAGGUGCCAUGCUACGAAGGUGUGACCAACAGCAGAGUGAUGUGAUCUAUGUGUGCUUUAAAAAUAAAAUAAAACAAUAAAACAGAACACGCGAUGCAAAAGAGGAAAGCGUUUUGAUGUCAAAGGAAAAUCUAUAGGAGAAACAUUUCAAGCUUCCCCACGAACAUGAAUAUAAAAGCGACAACAAGAGAAAACGUUGGUAACACUUUUGCUUUUGAAUUCAACCGAGGUUGUCAAGUUUAUGAUCACCACCGAAACUACUAUAUCUGUCUCUCUCACAUCUCCCACACACAUUGACACUCCUGCAUGGACAAUCUGAUCCCCUAAAAGACCAAGGUUGGAAAGGCCCCCUUAAGACAUGGAUGAUGAGAAUACUUCUUCAGAUGCAAGAUCUGAUGCUGCCACGGCUGAAUUUGAACAAAGAGAAUCGCAAUCAGAACACAAUGUUCCUAAUUCAGCAGAGAAACCCCCUGCUUCUUCAUUUUUUCAACCUGUCAGUGAUAGUUUCUGUGGCUUUCGUAGGGAGCCAAUACAACUUCAACCAGCUUUUGAGCCGUUUUACCAACUGACAGCCCCCACCUCAGUUCAAUUCCAACCUGCAUCAUCUGAAGUUUUCACUCAAGGUGGUGCUAUUGAGUUCUCUCAACCUUGUGCUGAACCGCUUACUCCACAAGUUCAACCUUCUCAUCAAGUAUUGGUUUCUCACGAGCCACAGUUAGUGCUACCUCAAACUCAGUCUCCGCUGCUGCUUAACCAAGAGUUUCCAUCAAGACUUUCUGAACAAAGUUUGGGAUUAUGUGGACAACAACAACAACAACCUACUUGUGCCACACAAAGUCAAGCAGAUUUGCACUUUGAUCUCAGUACGGGAUUGGAGUUUAACCCUGAUAUAACAGUAUCAAAUGAAGCAGUGCAAGAGAAUUGGGAAUUCCAGCCAGAGCAGGAGCUCAGUGAACUGAUCUCAUUAAUGACUGUAGGAGAUGAAGACCAUGAAUUUAAUCCGGAGGACUAUGACUACCAGGAAACUGUCCCUGAGAAUGGAAAUUCUCCUCUCUACAACGGAGCUCCAAUAACUUUUCAUGAGUCACUAAUUGCCAUCCUUACCUUCAGCUUGAGUUUUCAUCUGAGUGGUGCUUGCAUUAAAGCUCUCUUUGAUUUAAUAUUUUUACACCUGCCCAAGACUGCUGACAACAUCUUCAAGACUUCCUUAUCAGCCUUCAAAAAUUAUUUUUCAUACAUUCAAGGACCCAAAAUUUUCAAAUAUUAUUGUUCAAAGUGUUUUGUUGAGUUGCCUGCAAAGACCAAGUGUGCAACAUGUAAGAAUAGUAAAAUUUGUUACAUAGUAAAAUUAUCUAUGCAACAACAACUUCAAGCCAUGCUGAAAAGAACUGGAUUUUACAAUAUGCUUAAAUUCAAUUGUGAUCAUGUUCCUGGACAUUACAGUGAUGUAUAUGAUGGUGAACUCUAUCAAGACCUAAAAAGCAAAGGUGUCCUAGGACAAGAUGUUCUCACCCUGCAGUGGUACACUGAUGGAGCUGCCCUGUUUUCUUCAUCGAAGAUGAAUGUCUGGCCUUUGUACUUUUCAAUCAAUGAACUUCCCUACUCGAAACGAUUCAAGAAGGAGAACUUAUUAGUGCCACUUAUAUGGUGUGGCACUGUGAAACCGCCGAGUAACCUCUUGAUAUCGGAAGUACAUGAUGACUUACAAGAGCUUAAAGCAGGUGUGAAGUUUGAGGUGGCUGGUGAAGGAGAGAAGGACAUAAGAGCAGAAAUCUUAAACGGUACAGGUGACACACCGGCGAGAAGUCUUAUGUUAAACAUGACUCAAUUUAAUGGUGCCUGUUCUUGCCAAGUGUGCGAACAGGAUGGUGAACCAAGACCUGGCUGCCCUGGUGUCCGACUCUUUCCUUUUGAUGAAGAUAAAAUGGAAAUCCGUACGCUGGAAAAUAUGAGAAUGUAUGGCAACACUGGGACAGAGCUCCAUCCCACUAAAGGAGUUAAAGGUCCUUGUGCAUUAGACUCAGUGAUGUCCAAUUAUGUAGUUGGUACAGGAAUUGAUGUAAUGCAUCAACUUUUUGGAGGCGUAAACAAGAAGGUAUUGAAGAAUCUACUGUCAACAAAAGCACCAGCCAAAAAAUGGAGCAUUUCUCAGCAUCAAAAAGUCUUGGACGAAAGGUUGCUGAGUAUUAAGCCACCCAUGCAUGUUGUACGAUGUCCAAGAUCCUUAAAUGAUGUCAGUUACUGGAAAACAUCAGAAUUAAAGCUGUGGUUGAAUGACUACUCAUUGCCUGUGCUAAAUGGUGUUCUUCCUGAUAGCUAUUUAAAGCACCAUGGCUCCUUAGUUGCGGCAAGCCAUUUGCUGAACGCCAAUACUGUUACAUCACAGUCGCUUGAUAUUGCUGGCUCUCUCUUAAAGAAGUAUGUUUCACAAUAUUCAGAUUUUUAUGACCCCAAUCAGAUGACUAUGAAUGUGCAUCUGCUAUUGCACCUACCUCAAACUGUAGCUAAUCUAGGACCAGCUUGGGUGUCUUCCUGUUUUCCCCUUGAAAGCAUCAAUGGGGUCAUUUUAAAACUGGUCCAUGGUACUAGAUGGGCAGAGAAACAAAUUGCCACAUCUGUCCAGCUUGUCUUAAAUCUACCUGAAUUAGUAUCUGAACUCCCAGAUUCAAGUAGUAAGACAUUUUGCAAAAAUGUUAUGGACAGAAGGAAGCACAAAACUGCAGAAGUUCUUGAAGGAUCAGCAAUUAUUGGUAAAUGUGAAACAUUCCCUGAAGAAGAUAUACCUCUUGCUACAAGAAAAGUUUUACAGUCAAAUAAUAUUUUUUAUAAGAAGAUGCUGAAGUUUAAGUGCCUGAAAAGAGGAAGAUAUGUAUAUGUUGCUGCUUCAAGUAAUGUGUCAACCUGCCGUGACUCCACUGCUGCAAAAUACAAGUGCAAUAAUGAAUCUAAUAUUGGCUUUGUUCAAACUUUUCUGAGGUUGUAUGUAUGUGAAUGUGCUGACAAGUGUUCCUGUGCCAGCCAAAUUUUUGCCCUUAUCCAAAAAGCAAAAGUGGUCAUGCGGUUCAAAACACUUAUUCCAGAUGUAGAGGUUCCAAAUGUGUGCCAGUACAAAAGAACUAAAAUAUUUCACCUUGUGCCUCCAUCCGACCUGGAAGGAAGCUGCAUUGUCAUGAACAUCAAUCAAAAGUUGUAUAUCUCUGUGCCACUUAACGACAUGGAAGUCGAGUAGUCAGUUGACCAAGGUCCACUGAAAAAAGCACUCUACAGAUAGCUUCUUUUUUCAGUUAAAUGUUUUGUUAUAUUUAACCUUUCCAUGCCACAUAUUUUUGUUUUGUUUUUUACUAUGAUUGAUUAUAACCAGUGUUCCUGUAGUUAAAUGUUUUGUUAUAUUUAACCUUUCCAUGCCACAUA